AGAGCAGUAACAGCAUCUAAAGAAACUCUUCACACUCGCACCAGGACCGCACAGUAGGGCAACUUCAGUUAAUCUCUACAAGGAAACCAGCUCUACUUCUUUAACUGAAAAUGCCUCUAAAGCUUACUACUGUGAUCCUUGUGUGUGUUGGUAGUUUGUUCUUGUGUGCGAGCGCUCAAAGCCUAUCGAGAGACUACGGGGUGAAACUGUGCGGAAGAGAGUUUAUAAGAGCCGUUAUCUUCACGUGCGGCGGGUCGCGUUGGAAACGGUCCUUAGAUGAAGACUUGGGUACGUAGGCUGAAACAUAAUUUACGGUCUUAUAAAUGCAAACACUCGUCAGUCAUGUUGAACUGGUCAAAUUGAUUUUUAUUCACAGCUGCUGUAAGAGUUAAGUUAUAAUAUUGUUACUUUCAUGCUAACGUUUUUGAAAGCUGCAUUUUUUUGUUUUACUUUAACAUGAGCUACAUUGAUAAUUUCCAUUGUGUAAAAGUUAAAACAGUAGCUAUAUUCUCAAAUCAAAGUUUAUUUUUUUACGUUUCGAAGAUGGUCGCAUUUUUGGAAAUAGUAUUUUGCCUGAGAGAACGCCUGAGAAACCUCUCUGCUUGAUAAUGCCACUUCAGCACCACAGACAGCUCCUUGAUUAGAAAACGAGACAACAGGGAGCUCUGCUUUUUACUGAGAAGUAGCCUAAUUGAAAUGCAAUCAUAGGCUAAUUUGUAAUUUCCUAUUCAAAAGGUGGUUCAGAGCGCUUUUUUUAUUUAGCCAGGUGGGUCUGCAAGGCACUCCGCAUGGUUUCUGAGAGAGAUCGCUAUCCAUGCAGAAACAGUCUAGGACCUCUGAUUUUCACUUAAAUUAAUUGUUGGGGUGUCUUGACACAGGGUGGGAAAAGUUAAAAAAUAACCCAACUCAUUUUGUAUUUUGGAGGGAUUUUCAGUCAUUUUAUGUAUUCACUUUACAGUCUAUACAGUGGAGAUAAAACAAAAAAAAAUGUGUCUCCCCACUGACUGUCCCACUCCCUCCCCCUGUUCUGUUCGGACUCCUUCCAGAUCCCUUCCAGCCCGGUUCCUACAGUGAUGUCACAGAGGGCGAGAACAACAGAAUUAACUGGCCUCACGGACAUGGUCUGGAUCAAGCAGCAGCAGCAGCAGACCACCCUCUCCAGCUCUCCUCCUCCACCUCCCUGGCAGACCUCCUCUCACUCUUGGGCGGAGUGGGGGACCAUAGGGGGUCAAUGGUUGAUGUCGACCCCAGCGAGGGGCUUCAGAACCAGGCUUCAGUGCUGGGAGGAGUGGCCAGGAACCCAAGCAUCAACUGGCCACGCCGCGAAAGACAAAAGAGGAACUUUUCCCUGGGCUUAGCUGGCAUGUGCUGCAACCAGGGCUGCACUAAGAAUGACAUUGGGCGUCUGUGCUGA